AAAACGUCCUCAAAUCGUGUGUCAAAAUUUGAGCAUUUUAUCUUGGAAUAAAUUCAAAAUAUUAAAAAAAUACAUAUUUUGGGAAUGUCCGAAACGUUUGUGGGACAUUUGUCAAUAACGCCAAAGCUCGCAUAUAAGCUAAAUUAGCAGCGAGACAAUCUCGAUUGACUUAACAUCUCUGGCGGACGCUGGACGGUCGAUGGUUUCCUGUGCGCUCACAACAACAUUUAAGUCGUGUUGAAAUCUCGUCGCCAAGAUGGGAGAACGCAAAGGAACAAACAAAUACUACCCUCCAGACUUCAAUCCGGCCAAGCACGGGUCCCUCAAUGGCUACCACAAAACCCACGCUCUCCGCGAGCGAGCCAGGAAGCUGUCGCAGGGCAUCCUCAUCAUCAGGUUCGAGAUGCCGUACAACAUCUGGUGCGACGGCUGCAAAAACCACAUCGGCAUGGGGGUCCGCUACAAUGCGGAGAAGAAGAAAGUGGGCAACUACUUCAGCACGCCCAUCUACAGGUUCCGGAUGAAGUGCCACCUGUGCAUCAACUACAUCGAGAUGCAGACGGACCCGGCGGCGUGCGACUACGUCAUCGUGAGUGGCGCCAACAGGAAGGAGGAGCGCUGGGACAUGGCGGAAAAUGAGCAGAUCCUCACCACGGAGCGGGAGGAAAAGGAGAAGCUGGAGACGGACGCCAUGUUCAAGCUGGACCACGGCGGCAAAGACAAGGAGAAGCUGGCAAAGGCUCUCCCCUCGCUGGUGGAGCUUCAGGACUACCAGGCGGGCUGGAAGGACGACUUCCAGCUCAACAGCUCCCUCCGCAGGAAGUUCAGAACGGAGAAGAAGGUGAUGACGGAAAAGGAGGCGAAGGACGACGCGGUGAGGGCGAGGACCAACCUGUCCAUCCCGCUGCUCCCGGAGAGGGACGAGGACAAGCGGCUGGCGGCUCUGCUCAGCUACCAGACCCCCGACUCCUACGAUGACAAGCAGCGCAGCAAACGCAGGGAGAUUUCCUCGCGCUCGUGGUUCAUCUCCCCCCCGACCACGCCAGGGGGCGCCGCUCGGGGUCUGCUCCACAAGCUCAGCCUGCAGGGCAAAGACGCGGCGGUGGCCAAAGCUCUGGGCCCCUCCCACAACCAGCUCAUCCGCAGGAAGUCGGACCCGGGCGAGCCGUCGCGGGGCGGUCGGAGGCAGGAAGCGAGCGGGUCGAGCGAGGAAGAGCGCGAGGCGGCGACGAGGCCUCAGGACUGUGAGACGAGUUCGGGAAGUUCUCUGGUGCCGAACUACAGCGACUCUGACUCAGACCAUGGACACUGAGGAGAACUGUGAGUUUGUGUACAUUAACUAUUGAAUGCUGGCAUGUGAAGAUCCUUGGGGGGCGGGGUUACAGUAUGUGACUAUGACUAUGACCUCUGCCAACACAACAUCCAGUUGGCUUCCAUUGAUUUUUUUUUUCCUCUGGAAUACAAACUGAUUGCACAAAAUUGCCGGGAAGUUUGGACCGCGUCACGUUCCAGAAUUUCCCGUGCUUCACAUCCGCUUGCACAACCCAGCAGGCACAAGACGUUGAUUAUACGUACAUGUCCUUUAAAACUGACUUUGGAACAACAUUGCGAAACAGUUUUAGUUUAAAUGAAAACAAUGUUGAUGUCUAUCGUUGGAUCCACGUUGUUGGUUAGGAAAUGACCAAAUUUCAGUGGUCAAAUCAACAUCACAACCUGAUAUUGAUUAAACGUCGUCAAAAAGCA